GAUAGCAUCAACUACUUCAUCCAACCACACUCACUCGCCUACCAAGUGUUCCAUUGUUGGGAACAAGCUAUGUGAAUACAAUUACGAGCCGCAAAUUUGCAUAGGUUGGAUUGGACAGUGGAAGAGACCAGAAGAAGGGUUAUUUCGCAUCUUGUUCCAGCUCGAAUCGCUGCUUUGAUAUUUUUUCGCCCUCGUUAAAUCCGUGUGUGCAUAAUAUUUAAUAUACGUAUAUCACCAGAUAUAGCCCUCGUAUUCUUAUGAUUUGCAAAUUUCGCAUUAUUCGUUAAGCCAGCUACAUAGGUUUGUUCCAUACGUGGUAGAUCCCAUUGUGUCAUGUUCACGAUCACGAUCGCAUUAAUCAAAUCUAACUAAGCUUCAAAUUGACCAACCAUGCUGAAAUUGGCGAAUUUGUGUAAGCCACUUGAAUAAGUGUACUCUACAAACUACUUGAAAAUUUAAAAUUAAUCUUAUGUGUUGGCGUUGACAAAUACAUAUGUGCAGUUUAAUGCAGAUUUAAUUUUGCAAUGACAUAGUAGUAUAAAUUCAUAGUGAAAUCCAAGUAAAAGUGCCAAGUUGUUUGCGUAUGCAUUUAUUAUGGGACAAGGAUAAUGAGUGGAUUGCAAUGAAAUGAAUUGGAGGCUCACAUAAACAGGCUCUUAUGGCGAAACCAUGAAAUCUUGAAAAGUACUAAGAUAGAAGAGGACAAUAGCGUUGCAGCGGCCACAUUAUUACAUCACCACAAUUGCAUAAUAUACUUCCAAGCCGUCGAUGGACUUGUUUCAACGUGCAUGUAUUACUGUAACAUAAUCUCCCAUUAGUCUUGAACUUGGUGUGGUGCACAAGUGCGACUGCAGUUUGUGGUCCACAAUUCCAGUGACAUUUUAACCCUCUCGGGCUUUAGUGGUGGUCUCUACAUAAACUCGUUCAGUACUUUAAUUGCUAUUAUGCAGUGUUAUUUGUCGUUGGCCUUUAUGGUGCACUUGAUGGUUGAAAAUAAUACUUUUUGUGUUGCAAUAAAAUCGUGAAGAGUGCACUUUGAGAUUUAUGUCGAGUGGUGUCCUUUCCCUGGUCAUUUGGUAAGAAAAUACAAAAGGAAGGAACGUAAUAUUAUUACCAUUAUGAGGAAAAUAAUGGGCGGAAGAAAUGAUGAGGAAGAGCACACUUUGGUGACAAUGUGGGAAGAUUCUUGUCCGCCACAAAGGAGAACCAGUUUUAUUGGCAACAUCAACUCAGAUAUUUCAAUGUCACCCGACAUGACAAUGAAAGGGGAUAAAUCCUCUUUGUCACCUUAUCUCGGAGAGAAGAGGAGACAAUAUUCCCUGAGGAACUUGACAGUGCUGUGCUUGGCUGCUAUCUUUUGUGCAGAGACCGUUGGUGGGGACAUGGUGUAUGUACGAUCAGGCGACUUUGGACAGUUGGUGACAUCAAGUACGGCAAGGUGGUCAAAAGGGACAGCUAAGGAUCCGCUUAUGCUAAAAAAACCGAAUGAAGGACAAGACGACGCUUGGCAAGCGAGUUGGUCAAAAGGGACAGCCAAGGAUCCGCUGAAAAAACUGAAUGGACCAGGCGUCGUUUGCCGAGUUUAUCACACGACUCUCCGUGGAGUCGGAUUAGUCUCGGAUGGAACAGAGGGUAGUAUUUGCAACAUUGACACACAGGAAGGUUCACAAGGUUCUGACAAAUAUCAAACAAUUUCACAAAGCGCUUCCCGACUCGUAUGGUCCUUGUGGAAGCGGCCCAAUCCUCCUCCCACUGGCGCAGUUGCUGUGUCGGUCAAACCUCAGAAAUUUCUCGCAGCCGACUUGAACUACACGGUGAUCGGUUAUUUAGACCCAACCCUUAAUCUCGGGUCUGCAAUAUUUCCCCACCAACCAACGCCUUCUGGAUCAUGUCUCGUUUUGACGGAAAUUGAGCCUGUGAGAUACGAGCUGAGUGACAUACAGCUCAAGAGGAAUAAAGGGUUCAUUGAGGAGGAUAUCGUUCUGGCGAUUGGAAAAUUGCAGAACAAUUAUUACGAUGAAUCAAGAGACAGGAAACGAGGCAAAGUGGAGAGCGUUUUGUCAUUUGAAACGAAUUCGUUCGAUUAUUUUGGACAAGGUUAUCUGAUGGCCAAAGGUCUUCAUACCGUUAUUCAUCUGCCAGAAUCCACGAAAACGCUAGAAUGGGGAAUUCCGUUCACGCAAGCUGGAAAAACGGAAACAAUGACGGCCGUGGCAGAUCUUUAUCCGGGAACAGCCAUAAACGUAACACUGCAUGGGACGCGGCUUAACGGAGAAAUGAGCUAUUGGGCCACAUUGAAAACUUACUUUAAAGACGGAACUUUCUCCACCCGACUUAUGGACAACCACAGGAAGGUCAUUGAGAUUCAAGACAUUCGUCUUGAACAUAGCAAACCUUAUUUCCUGGCGAACAACUCUGUGGUCCCAGAGCCCACAACAACGACCACAACAACGUCGACUUCUACCACCACACCCGUUCCCUACGAGGACGAGGAUUUUUUGGAUGGGGGGACCGAGGGUGGAAACGCCUUGCCCGUUGAGAGCAGUCCGCACAACAACAUCCAAGCGGAUCAAAGUCUUCAUUUGAUGGCUGAUUCAGCCGCCGCAGCUUCCGUGGCUCUAAGUCAUUUCACAUCCGCUUUUUUCCUCUUGGGAUUUACCUUAUAUUUGAGCAACAUCCUCACCAUCUUUGUCUAGAAAAUGCUGCCACAUUUAUAUUAUUCCUACAUGUAUGCUGAGGACGGAAGGAAAAGAAUACGAAUCGUCAUUGUCAUCAUUCAUAAGUUAACGUGCUAAUAAUAUCCCUACAAAUAUUUUCCUUAUCUUGAGCAUCGUGCUAAACAUUUCCUGUUCGUUUGAAGGCAUUUAAGAGUAAGCAAUUACAAACUACACAUGUGCAUAUACGUACGUAUAUAUAUACGAUAAAGAAUCUCUAUGAUUUGUGACUAUGUAUGAUCCAAAUGUUAUUAUUUUGUAGCUACAAAUCAGAUACAUUAUUAUAUGAGCAGGAUGACAUAGUUUAUUUUUGACGAUAAAAUAUCCUCUCAUGUCGUAGAGUUAGAAAUUAAUUAAACCACACACAAAGUAUAAUAACUAAUGGUAGUUCACAAACGGCGGCUGAAGAUGAAAUAAAAUAAAGGAAGCAACCCCAACCCCACCAUAAAUCACUUAUGGACAGAGCCAUAUAUAGCUCCUUCUUAAACCAACAGCAUUAUAGAAGUAGUGUAACAACUGGCAUCUCUCUAUUGUAUAUUCUUUUGCUGUAAUAAAACGUGUAAUUAAAUUGUAAUAUAUUUCGCAACAACAACUAAA